GAAGCGGGCGGCGCUGGGGCGACUGGGAGAGCAGCGCGGCGUGCGCGAGCACGAGGCGUAGUGGCCUCCCCCAAGGCUGAGGCGGCGGCGGGCGCGCGCGGCGGCGGCGGCGGCGGCGGCGGCGGGUGUGAGGCGCGGGCUGUUGUGCUCUCGGCUCUCCCUUUUCCCCUCCUUGGCGGGUGGAGGAGGUCGAAGCGGUGCUGGACGCGCUCCCCUUCCUCUCCGGCCACCUCCCCGGCGCUCUCGCGCUGCGCGGUCUCUCAGACGCAAGACUGUCCCGGCCCGGAUAUGGCUCGUGGACAGCAGAAGAUUCAGUCUCAGCAGAAAAAUGCCAAAAAGCAAGCUGGACAAAAGAAGAAACAAGGACAUGACCAAAAGGCUGCUGCCAAAGCUGCCUUAAUAUAUACCUGCACUGUUUGUAGGACACAAAUGCCAGACCCUAAGACCUUCAAGCAGCACUUUGAGAGCAAGCAUCCUAAGACUCCACUUCCUCCAGAAUUAGCUGAUGUUCAGGCAUAAAAUUGUUUACAGGUGAAUUCAUGACACCUUUGACUCUUCUACUGUCUCAGACCUUAGGUAACAAACCUGCAGCUGCUUUUCUAACAAACUGUUGAUCAGCAAAAAUAAAGGGGCUACAGAAACACUCAUUUUUAUGCUGUUCCCUUUUGGGCUUCAUGCAAAGACAAUUCUGUGUAAAUGUACAGUUGACUCUGAUUUGGAAAUCUGAAAAUCAGUCCAUCCUUGUUAUAAAAAUUUUUUUACAAUUGUAAUUAUAUUGAUGUUCAUAUUGUGUAAAAUAACUCAUUUAAUAAAGUAGUACUUUGAUUUUACAACAUCGCAGGACAAAUCGUUCUAGAAAUUCUGUACUAACUUUCCACAUUAUUUGCCUUAUAAAAAUCUAAUGAAUGCAUCAGCUAGAAUUGCAGGUGCAAUUCUUAUCACUUUUUCUCAGUUCAGUGGUAGGUUCUUUAGUUAAAAUAGAGCAGACUCCUUCAUUAAAUUUGUGCACAUGAUUUUAUUUGGCAGCUGCUAACCUAGGUGACGAAUGUCUUACAUGCUGCCUUCUAUUGCAGUCUUGUGUCAUUUUCCCCUCUGAGUGCUUCCUGUAUUUGAGGUUAGAAUCGUUCAACUUGUGUUCUGGCUAUACCUGCCAGCUAGGUAUAGCCUAUAGGUAACUGAUAAAUUCCUUAAAGUGGUUGGAUUGUCAGUGAGCCCUUCUGAAAAACUAGGUUCUGGAGUUUAUGCUACAAUGAAGUAAUCAGUAAGCCUUUUGUUUAAUACAAGAUACAGUGGAACAAUAUGUGAACUGGUAAAGAGCUACCUUUUAUAAGUUAUACUGAAUUCUUUGAAAAUUCUUCCAGUUCUUUAAUUUGAAAUUGAAACUCAUAAUUUUCUAAAGAGUUUUUGGAAUUUAUUAACAAUUUGGGCAAUUUAUGAAGGGAUUUUAUGUUAAUAGAAAGAUUGGAAUGACUUGUGGCUGAGGUAAUUCCUAGAACUUUCUCCUUCCUUUCCUUUUUAAGUGAGUAGUUGGUAUUAGGAGUUUACUUUGUGUUGGUUCCUGAAAUCAAAGACUGUGUACAAUAUGACUUCCAUCUGAACUAGAAAAGUAUUAAAAAUAGGCCAGUAUCAACAUUCUUGGCUCAAAGGGUGGGGAAGUGGGUUGGUUCUGAUGAAUGAGGUAAAUCUUACCCAGUUAAAAAAGACCAAUUUUAGAGUUCUUCUAAUUUGCUUUUGCCAAUUAUAAACUUUACAAGUGAAACUGCUGUAACUCAGUUUAAAUUUUAAAGUUGAUAUAAUAGGAAAAACAUUCAAAUAUUUACUGGUAGUUGCCACAAAUCUGAUCCUGUGGAUUAUGAAAUGCGUUCCCUCUUUCUGCUGUAACUCAUCGCUGCAUUUGUUCUCUAGCUGUCCAUAUUCUCCCCACCUUGUUUGUCUUCACUGUAAGUUUAAAAUAAGAUAUUUCCAAGGAAAAGCUUCAAUGGUGAUAGUUUCUUAGCAACUCCUGUCCUUAUACUCUUACUUAAAGAUAGUUAUUUUUUUGUGCAUUUCAACUUUCUAAGUUUCAGAUUCAAUAUCUGUUAAUUCCCAAAAUGUUGGUUACCGGAACAUUAGAAUUUGCCUAAUUGCUUAUAGUGGGUGUUAAAGAAGUUCUGGUAAAAAUUACAAUUUAAAAGUUUUUAAAAGUGCUUUGAGCAUAUGUAUGUUUAUGUUAGUAACAAAGCAUUUAAAAACCUUUCACACGUUUUGGUUUAAUUUUUUUUUCAUUUGUUUUAUUGACUGUAAUUCAGAGUAAAAGUUUUUUCUUGUACUUGGCUCUUUUUUAUAAGCAGCUGAAGACACCAUAUUUAUCUCUAGAUCUCAGUGUCAGGGAAAUAGUUGCAUCGAUCUUGAAUUAAAUAUUAAUUCUCAUAUUUCAUGUGAGGAUUAUUAGUGCAAUCCCCUUUUUUGUUUGGCCUAAAUCUGCUAUAAGGGGAAGAUUACAGUUUUUUAAAUGUCCUUGUUACUUAAUUUGAAGAUUCUUAACAGAUCGCAGCAAAGUUCAUUAUAAAACUGUUAUGGUGUCUUCAAGGACAUGAUAAAAUAAUGCAGAGAGAAUUGCUCCAUUUGUAUUCUGUAUUUGCAUUAGUUGCCAAAGGAAUGGGGUUAAAAUUAAACUUGUUUCCAUUCUCCUUCAUAUGGAUCUACAUCCCCGUGUUUAACUGACACACUGGGGGUUCAGUUGUGUGCUGUAAUGUCUUAUUAAAGAAGAUGUUAAAGAAAAC